GCUCCGCGCCCUGGUCCAGGGUCUCCGGUGGGGGCCGGAGCCGCGUGUGUGCGCCGGAAGCUCCAGCUUUGCGUCCUGGGCUCCCAUGGGAGGGCGCGGGGACCGGGCGGGGCGCGCGAGGGCGCGGACAGUGCUCGGGCUCUCCCAGCAAGGGCGGGCGCUGGAAAAGAACCCAGCAUGCUCGCCGCUGUCGGGAGCCUCCUGCAUCUCCGCCUGGGGCUCGCGUUUCGCUGCGCGCCCGGAACACCUUUAGAAGUCGCGCGCCGGCGGUUCGCGGCUUCUCCAGUCUGGAGCCUCCCCCGCUACUCCAGCGAUGGGGCCUCUAGCGGCCGUGGUCCCGCAGGUCCCGGAAAGGUUCACAGGGUGCCCGCCGAGCACAGGCCUUCGCAAUUCGACAAGAAAAUCCUGCUGUGGACUGGGCGUUUCAAAUCGAUGGAGGAGAUCCCGCCUCGGGUCCCGCCAGAAAUGAUAGAUGCUGCAAGAAACAAAGCUCGAGUAAAAGCUUGUUACAUAAUGAUUGGACUCACAAUUAUUGCCUGCUUUGCUGUGAUUGCGUCAGCUAAACGGGCUGUAGAACGACAUGAAUCUUUAACCAGUUGGAACCUGGCAAAGAAAGCUAAAUGGCGCGAAGAAGCUGCAUUGGCUGCACAGGCUAAGGCUAAAUAAUACGCUAAGUAACAAAAUGUUUACCUGACUGUCAUCACCAUUAUCAGUAACAAUAAAAGAUAAGUAAAACAGAAUAUUUAA